CGCGAGCUUGUAUCCGUCCUUUAGGCUGCAAGUCAACCUGCUGCUCGCGCGCACACACAACCCCAGCUCUCUGCUCGGCGCAGAGCGCGCGGCUCUCCGCUGCUCGGACGGAGUUGAUGAUCAGUGACCGGGAUCCCUGCCGGUUGGAUGGAUCGAUCGACGGCUUGAUCAAUCAGCGGGCCCGCGCCGUCUGUCAGGACACACAUGCGCGCGCACACACACGCGCGCGCACGCACCUGUUCAGUAUCGAUUAUUGCUUCACGAGCGGCUGCUGAUCGUGUCUGAGUGGAGGACAGCGCGCCUCGACUUUCUUCAUCCUUCCAUCACCUCUUUCGGGAUGAAGACUCCUCUCAGCUCGUCGCAGCUCCUGGAGCGGCGGAAAAUCUUUGCUUUUGGAGGGAUGUGUCAGGAGCUGCUGGACCCCCCAACACCGACAACCAUCAGCCUCUCCGUCCAGCAGACUCCAUCCUCAGGUCACCGAGUUCCACCGCCACUGCUUGGUCAGGGCGGGGCCUACUCACUGUGUGAGGUGUGUAACCUGCAGCUGGCUUCUCCCGCUCAGGCCCAGCUGCACUACAACGGCAGGUCUCACCUCCGAAGAGUGAGACAGCUCCAGGCCAGAGAGACUGGGCAACAGGCAGCAGCGGGCUCUCAGUCUCGGUCUCUUCCCCCGGCCACAGGGCUCAGCUCCCGGCCUGCAGGACUAACUCCGACACUAGGCCUCAGUCCAGGCCUCAGCGCUCCUUCCAGCACAGCUGCAGGAAGUGGGUGUCGCGCAGUGGGCGGGGCUUUGCCAGCGUUAAUUGGCGCCACUGGUCCCUCGAUGAUGAUGAAGCCGUUCCUGACGUUUCCUGUCGAGACGCCGCCGCCAGUCGGCCUUUUUCCAAACUUCAACACGAUGGACCCGGUGCAGAAGGCCGUCAUUAACCACACCUUUGGUGUUAGUUUGGUACCAAAGAAGAAACAGGUCAUCUCGUGCAAUGUCUGCCACCUGAGGUUUAACUCUGAUUCUCAGGCAGAAGCUCAUUUCAGAGGCAGUCGUCACUCCAAGAGAGUCAAGUCUCAGGAGAACAAGACCAAGGCCAAGCCGUCGGCCACCGGAGGGACCAAUGGGAGCGUCGCAAGUCCUGUUUGCCCCGCCCCUCCCGCCUCGGCGAGCGGCAGCACCAAUCAGCACGCAGAUCUCUUAUCCAGCCUCCCCGACUCCUUCCCCCUGCAGCCCUGUCUCGCCUCCCCUUCCUCCUCCGCCUCCCCCUCCUCGAGCAGACCGGGCAGCGAGCCUCCUCCCUCCAGCCCUCCCACCGCCCUCCCCGCCCCGGGCCUCUUCUUCACUUCUUCCUCCUCUCCCUCUUCUUCCAGAGCCUCUCAGAUUCCCCCUCCUCCAGCACCUGUCGCCUCCUCUCCAUCAGCUCCUCCUCCUCCUUCCCAGACCUCCUCACGGGACGCUCCUCUCUCGGUGGAGUCGGAGGAGGAGAAGGCAAAGAAGCUGCUGUACUGCUGUCUGUGCAAAGUGGCGGUCAACUCUCUGUCUCAGCUGGAGGCUCACAACGCAGGUUCAAAGCACAAGACGAUGCUGGAGGCUCGGAGCGGCGCCGGGCCGAUCAAGGCCUUCCCCCGAGCCGGAACCAAGCCCAAGAACGGCGGCGGCUCUGCACCGAAGGGCUCCGGCCUGCAGAACAAGACCUUCCACUGCCAGAUCUGUGACGUCCACGUGAACUCCGAGGUCCAGCUCAAACAGCACAUCUCCAGCAGGAGGCACAAGGACCGAGUGGCAGGAAAACCCAGCAAACCCAAAUACAGCCCGUACAACAAGCAGCAGCGCGGCUCGCUCACUAAGGAAAUGGCGAAUCCCUCCCUCUCUCCGUCCUUCCUCUCUCCGCCCUUUGCUCCUCCGCCCUGCUCCCUCACCUCCGCCAUGUCGCUUCCUCCCGCCUCUCUCUCCUCCCCGCCCCUCCUCAGUCGCACCUCCUCACCCCUCGCCCGACCCAUCUCCCUCUGUCCUCGCCCUCCGACCUCCUCGUCCCUCUUCGCCGCCUCCUUCCUGCGUCCGGCUCCCGGACCAAUCAGAGCGAGCCAAGGAUCGUUCCUCUUCGCGCCCUACUGACGGCGGCGGCGGGGAGUCGAACCCGGCGACCGUUUAACGUCUGACCUCCAGUUUGUCUGCAGGGAUUCAAACCUGCAACCUCCUCCCCUGCCUGAGGCUUCAGAAGAAGGCUUGACAGAACCUCCUCCUGUCUGGAUCUCCCUCUGGGCUCUGAAACUUCACAGCUGACCCCACAGCCACUCUCACGGGCUUUAUCCAAACCAGAACCGAUCGAGCUCAUUCAACACAUCCAAUCAUCACAGCAUUCAACACGGGCAUGGAAACAUAGAACAUGUUGAGAUAUUUGACCUUCUUUGCCGUGACCCCAGAGUACCUCAUCGUGUUUGACUCGUGACUCUUUGCGAUAAAGAUAAAGCUGGGGUUGGUUUUGAAUAUA